UUAUAUCCACACCCCUAUUUUCAAGUCUUAAUUAUGAUUCUUGGUUUUUCUGUCCCUUCCUGGGUCACUAACUACUGCUCAAAACUGUUCAGGUGUCAACAAUAUCAGCUCAUCAAGAACAUCUGUAUUGUGCCUCUUUUCGGGAGGAAUUGCAUCAGGCGCCUCAACUGUCUUUGAUCUGUAUGUAACCAUGUUAAAAAACAUUAGAUCUGCCUUUGAUCAAGUGCAGAUCAAAGUGGAGUAGGAAAUAAGAGUAAGGAAAUAUAGAAUGUGUACAGGAAUUAGAACUUCGAACUGUGGAUGGUAGCAUUGCACAUCGCAGUGUGCACCCUGCCAGCGAUUACUAGAAGGAGAAGCGUCAAGACGGCAUUAAUGCAACUUAAAGCAUUUAAACACCACAGAAGAAGAAGGUGAUAAGGACUUUGAGGUGAGAGGAUAAGAUAAUAGAAGGGAACAAUGAAAAGCUGUCAAACAUCAAAGAAAAGCCACCUGCCAACAACAACACCACAAACAAAACAACACAGAACCUGCUAUGACAACUAACCCGAAAACACCAAGGAAGAACAUUGAGCAAACUGAGUAGAUGUGAAGAAAAUGCCUGCUUACAAGUGCAAAAAUGAGAAGGAAAUGACAGCGUCUUUUCAUCAAGAACUGGAGGCCGUCAAAGCAACCAACGUCAGUCUGCGACAAAAGCUGAGCAUUUUGGAGAAGUUUGUUUAUAACCUUGACGCUCAGUCCGAGAGGUUGAGUGCCAGUCUGGCUAAAGAGACCAAGAAGAAUCGCUCUCUCGCCCAAGAGAACAAGUGUCUCACUGCUAAGGUGCAGAGGGAGCGCGCCUUGAGACAGGAGAUGAAUGAUUACUUGCAAAAAGUAAAAAACACCUAUCAACAGAAGCAUAAUGCUCUUUAUCAAAACCUGGAGAUUCUGAAAGCAGCUGACCACAGGCUGUCUGACAUUAAGGACGUGAAGCUGUCUGCUAAGAUGUCUACAGAGAACCAAAAGGAUGAGUCUCUGUUCAAAGAAAAUAAAUCUCUUGUUCAUUCAAAAAUGCCUGAAAUUGCUCAGCUGCAGAAGAAACUCACCUUGAGACUGGAGAAGCAGGUCGACCAAGAGCAGGCCAGUACUGCCACAGAUGAUCUCUGUCGAGAGCUGGAGGCUCUGAACGCAACAAUCCUUGAGCUCUAUACCAAACUCCAGACUGGGACAAAGAGGAAAAAGUCACUGACCAAACUGAAGGAUUCUCUCAAUGCUAUGCAGCAGAAGGAGUCCACCUCGAGAGAAGAGUUGCAGAAGGAGCGCACCUCGAGAGAAGAGCUGGAGAGGGAGCACACCUUGAGAGAAGAGCUGCAGAAGGCACACAGCUUGAUAGAAAAGCUCGAGAGGGAGCACACCUCAAGAGAAGAGCUGGAGAAGGAGCACACCUCGAGAGGAGAGCUGCAGAAGGAGAAUACCUCGAGAGAAGAGCUGGAGAAGAAGCACACCUCGAGAGGAGAGCUGCAGAAGAAGCACACCUCGAGAGGAGAGCUGCAGAAGGAGCACACCUCGAGAGAGGAGCUGAGCGAGUGCUUUCAAAAAGAAAAAGACGCUUAUCAGCAGCAGCUUAAGGCUCUCCAUCAGGAACUAGAGGAUCUGAAAGCAGCCAACCACAAGUUGUCAAACAGACUUUAUAUGGAGGAGGCCCAAAAUAAGAAGCUGUCUGCUGACAUGGCCACAGAAACCAAAACGAAGGGGUCUCUGUCCAAAGAAAAUGAGUCCCUUACCAAAGAACUGCUUGAGGAACGAACCAGGCUGGAGAAAGAGAUGAAGGCCCAUAAGGGUCUUUCAGAAGUGUUCAAGUCUCAAAGCACUUUGUUGCAGAAGGAGCAUGCACUCAGACUGGAGCUGACUGAGGCUGUUCAGAAAGCAACAGAUGGCCUAAAGCAUGAGGUUGAGGCUCUGCAUCGGGGAAUGGGGACCCUGAAAGCAGCAAACCUUGAGCUCUCCACUAAACUCCAGAAUGAGACGGAGCAGAGCAGUAAGCUUCAGGCUCUAAAUGCUAGGCUCUCUACCAGGCUCAAGACUGAGAUCGAAAAGAGCAAGUCUCUGUCCAAACAGGAGGAGUCUCUCAUUGCUAAGCACCAGGGGGAGCACACCUUGAGACUUGAUCUAAGGGAGUGCUUACUAAAAGAAAAAGACACCCUUCAGCGGGAGAUUGAGACUCUCCACCAGGAACUGGAGGCCCUAAAAGCAGCCAAUCAUGAUCUGUCAAACAGACUCAGCAUUGGGAAUGAAGCCACUUGCAACCUUGAGGCUCAAAAUAAGAAGCUGUCAGCCAACCUGGCUACAGAGAUCAAAAAGAAUGAGUUGUUAGUCAAAGAAAAGGAAUCUCUCACCAAAGACCUACAGAGGGAGCGCAGUUGGAGACUGGAGUCAGAUUCCAGACAGACCAAUACCAUGAUAGAGGCUCUCUGUCAGGAGUUGGAGGCCCUCAAAGCAGCCAACCAGAGGCUGUCAAAGAGGUUAAACAUGGAGAAGGAGACCACGUACAACCUCAAGGUUCAAAACAACAAGCUGUCUGCCGACAUCGCCACAAUGGCCAACAAGAACGAGUCUCUGUCUAAAGUGAAGGAGUCUCUCACCAAUGAGGUCCAGAAGGAGCACAGCCGGAAACUGGAACUGAUGAAUCAAUUAGAGAAGCAUAAAUUGGACCAUCAGCAGGAGGCCAAGGCUGUCAAACAAGUAUGCGCUGUGCAAGAGGCUCUCUUUCAGGAGUUGGAGGUCCUGAAAGCAUCAAACCUCGAGUUCUCCAUCAAAUUCCAGACUGAGGCCCAGCUCAGUGGUAACCUCCAUGCUCUAAAUGCCAGGCUGUCUAAGGAGAACACGUCUCUGUCGAAACAGAAGGAGUCUCUGGCCAAAGAGCUGCAGGAGGAGCGGUUUAGGCUGGAGACAGAGAAGAAAACUAACAUUUCUCUUUUCACUAAGAUGCAGGAAGAGUCUGCGUUAAGGCUGGACCUGCAAGUAGAGUUGGCAAAACAGAGGAGGGCCAAUCAGCAGGAAACUGACGAUGUCAAACAGGACAGCUCCGCUAUUCGCUGCGUCUAUUGCUGUGUUACAGAAGAAAUAAUGAACUCUCAGAAAAUGUCAAUGGGCUCAAUGCAGGCAUUGUAACUUCUGCAGUCAGUGAGUGUGGAACAUCUCCGCAUCUUUGGCUGACAGCUCACAGCUGUCCCUCCCUUGACUUCUAUUAUGCAACCUUUUUUUUUUUUUUGCCAAAUCACCAUAACUUUCUCUAACUUUGAUCAGUCAUCUGAAAAUAGGAAUCAGAAACACAGAGGCUGUUUUAUCAUUCAUCACUGAUCAGUUUGGUCUUUGGUCUUGAUAGGUCAGGACCCAAAAGUAGGUCGUGGGACUGGACAAAACAAAUACCAAUCAAUGCUCCUCUCCACAGACAGUGAGCUGCAGGACAUCGGCCACCAGACUGUACAAAACAACCGAAAAAUCAGUCUCUCAUCGACUGAUUCAGGAGCUUUGUCUGGAUGACGGAGGUUGAAUGCAUUUUUCAGAGUCAAAAAAAGACCAGUGCAUCAGUAUAUGUCGCGAUUGACAGCAAGAAAGGAAGGAAGAUGGAAAUAAUUAUACAAUUGACUGAAAAGCAGUUUCAUGGUGAGGUGUGUCCUGUUACCUCCGUGACUGCAAAGGUUGAAUUUGCUUUUGGUGGCUUUUUUUUUUUUUUUUUUUAAAUAAAUAAAGAAUUUGGUGAUGUUUAUUUAUCAUGAUUUUGAGUCUGUCCUAUUAUUUUGGGCCCCUGAAAGUGGGCAAUAAUGUAUAGAAAUGCUUUUUGUUUUGUUCAAUCCCUACAAGGCAAAUAUAUAUAUAUAUACAUGCCUAACUGUAAAUGUCUAAAAAUACCCCAGUGAAACAGUGGCAACAAAUCAUUAUGUGGGUUUUUCUUCCUCCCAGUUCAAUUUCUCAGGCGUCACCCGUCAACCUGGAGGACAGAAGACGCACUCGGUCGACAGUAAGUGUUUCCCUAUUUGGACUAAAGCCUCUUGACCUGUCGACUUUAGUGUGAGCUCACUGACCGACAGUCAGAGCACUUUGUGUAACAGCGUCAGUAGACACAUGGAUCAGCCUAUUUAGGAUUAUCUUACAUUUACUUUGUACUGUUGCAACUCGGCAUGGGAUAA